AUGGGUCGAGGAUUCGGACUCGGAGGACGAAAAUUCGGAUUUCGAUUACUCGGACCUGGAGGACGAGGUCGAGGAGAAGACUCGGACAGCGACAACGAGAACGAGGUCGAGGACUCGGAUGAUGAUGACUUAAAUCGUCCUCCACCGCCUCGAAGUCCCUCAAGGCUCGUCGAGGUCUGGAAGAGCUCAUGGGUCGAGGAUUCGGACUCGGAGGACGAAAAUUCGGAUUUCGAUUACUCGGACCUGGAGGACGAGGUCGAGGAUGAAGACUCGGACAGCGACAACGAGAACGAGGUCGAGGACUCGGAUGAUGAUGACUUAAAUCGCCCUCCACCGCCUCGAAGUCCCUCAAGGCUCGUCGAGGUCUGGAAGAGCUCAUGGGUCGAGGAUUCGGACUCGGAGGACGAAAAUUCGGAUUUCGAUUACUCGGAUCUGGAGGACGAGGUCGAGGAUGAAGACUCGGACAGCGACAACGAGAACGAGGUCGAGGACUCGGAUGAUGAUGACUUAAAUCGCCCUCCACCGCCUCGAAGUCCCUCAAGGCUC